AUUCAUGGGCCCCUACGUAUAAAGUCUCUCUCCCCCUCUCUAAGUCUCUUUCUUCUAAAGAACCAAGGAAGGGAAAAUUGCUUGAAACUUCGAGGGAUUAACCAGUUAGGAAAAGCAAAAUAUAUAGACCAUCGCUUCCCUCCUCUCUCUUUCUCUCUCAUCUCAAGGGUCAACAAGAAAGAAGAACAAGGAGCACUCGUGGAAUCGUCCAUGGCUUGUCUUGUUUCAGGUAUGGGUCGUCUUGGUCAAAGAAGAGGGCACCGACCGUCAUUGUAGUGAGAGCCUCUCUUUUGUGUUCUUUUUUUUUUCGGGGGGAGGAGUCUCAGGGAUUUGGAAGAAAUCUGAAGCCAUCAAGGUAAAUAUUGCGCAGAAUUCAGAUCGAUCAAAAGUAUUCGACACUAGCUGGUGAUGGAUUUUAUGCAAGGUGGAGGGUAUUAUGAGGAAGAAGAAGAGAUGGUUGUAGAUAGGGGUGGUAAGUUCCCUUUCUCGUCUGCAUCUUCAUCUUCUUCGCCUUCCUCUCAGUACAAAGGUGUGGUCCCUCGGCCUAACAGGAGAUGGGGAGGGCAGAUGUACGAGAAGCAUCAACAGGAGGAAGAGGCCGUAAGGUCCUACGACCGACCAGCUCCGCUUGAGUUCCAUGGGCAAGAUGCAGUAACCAAUUUCAACCAAAAGCUCGGGCUCAUCGACUUGUCUACCAUAAACGGCGGCGAUGCAAGUCGGGGGGAAGCCGAUGGUGGUGGUAACACUAGUGGUGGUUGCGUUGAAAGAGAACACAUGUUUGAUAAGGUUGUCACGCCGAGCGAUGUGGGCAAGCUGAACCGACUAGUCAUACCAAAGCAACACGCAGAGAAGUACUUCCCUCUUGACUCUGCAACAAAUGAGAAGGGCCUACUGUUGAAUUUUGAAGAUCGGAGUGGGAAACCCUGGCGAUUUCGAUAUUCUUACUGGAAUAGCAGCCAGAGCUACGUGAUGACUAAAGGGUGGAGCCGGUUCGUAAAGGAGAAGAAGCUAGACGCGGGCGAUAUCGUGUCAUUUGAGCGUGGGGUGGGGGAGUCCGGUAGGGAUCGUCUGUACAUCGACUGGAGACGUCGCCCAGAUGUUCCAGAUCCUGGUAUGCUGCCGCCUCUACCAUUUGGAAACCCGCUUUCCCUUGCUCGGUCGUCUGUCGUCCCAUGGGGCCGGUUAUUCUUGCAGGCGCCGUCUGCGGUGUCCCUCGCCGUUUCCAUGCCAUCACGGGACCAUCUGCAUUUCCAACAGUUGAAGAAUUAUGACUAUUAUCAGCAGAAGCAGCAAUAUCAACAUCCUGAUCACCAGAGCAGUAGCACAUGGGGUUACAAUAAUGUGGUGAGGUCGGGUUCCGGCUCGGUUCUUUAUCUAAGAUCCUCAUCAGCCCCACAACAAGGUGUAGUGCAACAUGUACAGCGUGGGGAUGAACCGAUGGUAUUCGACUCCGUCCCGGUGGUGCACGGUAAGGCCGCAGCCAAGCGUGUUAGGUUGUUUGGUGUGAACCUGGAUUGCCCUAUAUCAGAAGACCCCGGAAGCCACGCAUUAUCCUCGCCUACAGUUGAGUCUCUCUCUCCUCCUCAUCAUCAGUAUCUAACUUCUCCUCCUCCUCCUCAAUUGAGACUCUAUAAUGGCGCCACAAUGCCAGCUGAAUUUCCAAAUAAUGGGAAACAGUCUUUGUCCUUCAAAUUGGACAUAUGAGAAAGGGGGGUAGGGGUGGGGGUGGAGCGGACUGUGCAAGAAUGUUAACAAUCGAGUAGAAUUGGAUUAAUUUCUACAAAUCUUAUGGUAUAUCUUGUUGCUCACAAGUUACAGUCACCUCCCCAAGAUGAUUGAACCCUAGCUAUUGGUUCGUCACUCAACUAGCUGAGCUAGCUAGCAGCAUGGAUAUUAAUGGAUACUGAAUAAGAAGAAGGGAAUUGAAGAAGAUGAGGAAAGCAGGUUGGGUGACAUGGAAGACCGAUCGACCAGCCCUUUCUAUGGUUGAUUUAUUUAUAUUUUUCUUAAUUACUGCAGUACCAUUGGGUGGUAGAAGGUCUAUGGUCAGCGAAAGAGACUAGCCAAAAUUAAAGAGAAUUCAAGCCACCAUAUCCAACACUUGUCUUUUUAAAUGUGUAUAAUUCAUAUAUUAUUAUAGAUAUAACACCAAUCAUUUUCCUUUUGUAGAGCCUGGGACUCCCUAAGUGGUUCCAUGCCACAACCUCUCCAGAGAGGAAACCUUGUCCUCCUUUGGUUAAUCUCUUUCUCCAAGUUGGCAGAAACAACUAUUUUGGGCACUGAAAUAGCCGAUGAAAUUGAACGUUUAAUUUCC